AAUUGAGAGAGAGAGAGAGAGUGUAGAGAGAGGAAAAGGAAGAGAGAGAGAGAGAGAGAGAGCAGAGAGGAGACGAGAGAGAAUCAAAUCUGUGAGUAACAGUGUUCGAUUCUCUUCUCUUAGCUUAGUUCGAAAAUGUCUGGUCGCCACGAGAAAGAGAAAGGCGUCAAUGUUCAAGUCCUUCUUCGUUGCAGGCCAUUUAGUGAAGAAGAGUUGCGGAACAAUGCGCCACAGGUGGUGACUUGCAAUGAGUACCAGAGAGAAGUCGCAGUUUCUCAGAACAUUGCGGGGAAACACAUCGAUAGGGUUUUCGUAUUCGACAAGGUUUUUGGUCCUUCAGCUCAGCAAAAAGAUCUUUAUGAUCAAGCAGUUAUUCCCAUUGUUAAUGAAGUUUUGGAGGGUUUCAAUUGUACCAUUUUUGCUUAUGGACAAACUGGUACAGGAAAAACUUACACCAUGGAAGGAGAAUGUAAGAGGUCAAAGAAUGGACCUAAUGGAGACUUGCCUCCAGAAGCUGGUGUCAUCCCUAGAGCUGUGAAGCAAAUUUUUGACACGUUGGAGAGUCAAAAUGCAGAAUACAGUGUUAAAGUUACUUUCUUAGAAUUGUAUAAUGAGGAGAUCACUGACUUGCUUGCCCCUGAGGAGAUAUCGAGAGUUGCGUUGGAGGAUAGGCAGAAAAAACAGUUGCCUCUCAUGGAAGAUGGGAAAGGCGGUGUUCUUGUAAGAGGAUUGGAGGAGGAAAUUGUAACAAGUGCUAGUGAGAUUUUUACUCUACUUGAAAGAGGGUCCGCAAAACGUCGCACCGCAGAAACUCUAUUAAACAAACAAUCAAGUCGGUCACAUUCCCUUUUUUCCAUAACCAUACACAUCAAAGAAGCAACCCCAGAAGGUGAAGAGCUUAUCAAAUGUGGCAAACUGAAUUUGGUUGAUUUAGCUGGUUCAGAAAAUAUUUCUCGUUCUGGUGCUAGGGAGGGUCGUGCAAGAGAGGCAGGAGAGAUAAACAAAAGUUUGCUAACUCUUGGACGAGUUAUUAGUGCUCUUGUGGAGCAUCUUGGGCAUGUCCCCUACAGGGAUAGCAAGCUCACCCGUCUGCUUCGUGAUUCGCUGGGUGGAAGAACUAAGACAUGCAUUAUUGCCACAGUAUCACCUGCAGUCCAUUGUCUGGAGGAGACCUUGAGUACCCUGGACUAUGCUCAUAGGGCAAAACAUAUUAGAAACAAGCCUGAGGUCAACCAGAAAAUGAUGAAAUCAACCCUUAUAAAGGAUCUUUAUGGUGAAAUUGAACGACUUAAGGCAGAGGUAUAUGCUGCACGUGAGAAAAAUGGUGUCUAUAUGCCAAAGGAACGAUACUAUCAGGAGGAGAGUGAAAAGAAGGCAAUGGCCGAUCAGAUUGAACAAAUGGUGGUUACAAUAGAAACUAAUCAGAAGCAACUUGAGGAAUUGCAAGAUAAAUUUGAUGAUCAGGUUCAAAAAGGCUCUGAUUUAAGCAACAAACUUGAUGCCACCCAGAAAAACUUGAACCAAACAAGCAAAUUGCUGGCUAGCACUGAAGAAGAAUUAAGGAGGUGUCAGUAUGCUCUGAAGGAGUGUGAUUUUAUUAUCUCCGAGCAGAAGAAAGCAGAAAAUGCAUUGGCUCAUCAAGCAAGUGUCUUGCGGUCUGACUUGGAGAAAUCUUUGCAGGAUAAUGCUUCAUUAUAUUUGAAAAUUGCAAGAGAAGACAAACUGAAUGCUGAUAACAGGUCAGUUGUGAACGAUUUUCAAACGGAGCUUGCACAGCAACUAGGCUCCCUUUGUAAUACGGUGGCAAUAUCAAUGUCUCGACAAGGUGAACACCUUCAGUGCAUUGAGAAACAUUGUCAUUUCUUUUUGGCCAUUCACAAUAAGGCUGUCAUUGAUUUGAAGAAAAAGAUGACUGCUUCAAGGGCACUAUAUAUUUCUCACAUGGAGGCUAUGCAAAAUGUUGUUCGCCUGCACAAUGCGAGCUCUAAUGCAGCUGUGGAGGAGAUUUCAGCUUCAGUUUCUUCUAAUAUACAUUCUAUCGAACAAUUUUUAGCUGCAGAGGCUGUUGAAGCAAAUUCUAUUUUUGAUGAUCUUCAAGGCACUCUAUCAACUCAUCAAGGGGAAAUGGCACAUUUUGCUAGAGAGCUUCGACAGAGAUUUCAUGCAAGUGUUGAGCACUCAAAGAAUAUCUCAGAGUUCACUUAUGGAUUUCUCCAUCAGCUUAUUGAACAGUCAAAAAAUCUUCAAAGUCAUGCAACCCAAGUUGAUGAAAUUCAGACGACGAGUAUCAAAGAAUUCCAAAAGGCUUAUGAGGAGCAAUCAACAUCAGAUGCAGAGAAGCUUAUUGCUGACGUGACCAACUUAGUUUCUAGUCACAUUCGUCGCCAAAAAGAGCUGGUGGAUGAACGGCUCAUUCAUCUCAAAGAUACUGUUAUAGGAAAUAAGACAUUUUUGGAUGGGCAUGUUUCCUCAAUGGAGGGUAUAACAACAGAUGCAAAACGAAAAUGGCAGGAGUUCUCUGUGCAAGCAGAGAAUGAUGCGAAAGAUUGUGCUGAUUUCUCUGCUGCUAAACAUUGCCGUAUGGAGUUACUUUUCCAGCAAUGUGUAAACACUGCUGAAACAGCUUCCAAGCAUUGGAAAAGGACACAUGAGUCCAUCAAUGAAAUUGGAAGUCAAAAUGUCUCGACAUUGGUCUCCCUUGUCAGAGAUGUGUCAGAUAGUAACGAGCAACAUGAUACUGAGAUUGCUUUGGCAAGGACUACAGUUGAAGAAGAUGUGGCGAACAAUAGUGAAGAUUUCAUUCAGCACUUUGAUCGUGUAUCAGAGCAAGAGUGUGCCUCUGUAAGUGAUAUUUUGGCCACAGUCAAGGCUCAUGCAAAUACUAUUGAGGUUCUCCGGGAGGAUCACUCUGUCCAAUCUGCUUCUAUUGAACAAAAAACCAUGGAUACCUUCCAGCAGAAAUAUAUGGAUUAUGAGCCAACCGGCACAACACCAAUCAGAUGUGAGCCAGAUGUUCCAUGUAAGGGGACAAUUGAAUCUCUUCGAGCCAUGCCAAUGGAGGCCCUGGUAGAGGAGUUUCGAGAAAACCAUUCAUAUGAAUCAUUUGAAGUUAAGGAAUUAAAGCCAUCUCUCAUACCACGCUCACCUCUGGGCGAACUCAAUUGAUAGGAGGUGCGGGGAUUGUCAUUUGCGUGCACGGUGUUUAGCCUAUUUGUAUUUGUAUUUGUAUUUUUUCAUGCACACUCUCAUCAUUGCACUUUGAAAAAUGCCAGGAAGCUGAUAGGUCUCCGUUGCUUGUAAUACUUGGUAGUGGAAAAUGUAACAUGUCAAUGGAAACUUAAAUAAAUCCUUACUUGGGAUUUAGCAAAUUAUAGGUUAAUCAGAGUUGUAUAUGAGGGAAAAGCCCUACGUUAUUCCUCCACAAUGCUUGUUCUUUUGGGGCAUUUGUUAAUGUAAGAUUAUUUCAGCUUACUUGAGAGAUGGGCAUACCCUUUUGUUUUUGUUUUUUGAUUGUCUUGUAUCAGGUAAGAUAAUAUGCUGUUAUUUAUUUAAUCCUGCUUGGAUAUUUUAUUUUA